CUGCAAAUUUACUAGAAACCAAAACAAAAGAAAUAUUAUCAGUGUUCGCGAGGAAUCUGGGUAAAAGCUGCACAACAGUAAAUAAUAAAUAAGAAAUACCUUCAGUAGUGCGCAGCAAUAAAGGGCAAACCACAAAAACAGAGAUUUGAACGCGCUUCUUGUGGUUAAAAGCAGCAGCAUCGUCUGUGAAUGGAUUGAUUCAAUGAUUGAAUGAUGAGGGUAUCGCCCGCACAAUACGCAUAGAUUAAUUGACAGUUUUACUUCGACUUCGACUUCGACACCUCGCAAACAUGACAGACGACGAUAAGCUGCCGCUAAAGCAAGCGGAGUUAUCCGUGCAACGAUUCCAGGACAUGGCUGUGCCACAUCAUCUGGGAUUGCUGCAGAAUCACAGGAGUAACAUUGAAAAGAGUCUCGCGCUGGGCGACUGGCAGAAGAUCAAGAAGGAGGAGCUCAAUGCAAUGCGGGUCAUCAAGCAAAUCAAGAAUCUGUUGCUUGAAAUGGAUACUUUGCGUGAGAAGCUGCGCGAUGAGGACAAACCCCGUUUCGAUGAGCUAAUGAAACCAGGCAAAACUAAAGCAUUUGAAGGCAUGAAGACUUUUGCAGAAUUGCAGUUGAAGUCGCCCACUUCCACUUUGGGUUCACAAUACGAUGAAGAUCAGGCUGUGCAGAUUGAUAAUGUGCCUGCUUUGCAGCGUACGCUGCCCCAGCUGCAGGCCAACUUUCAGCUGGAGGAGCAUCAGCUGGCCCAGCGUGAAGCCUGCCUCGAACAGAUGCAACGACUGCAAAAUGAAAUCUACGAUUUACAUGGCGCCUUUCAUGUCAUGCGCCAGAUGACACACGAGCAGGCAGCCAGCGUUCAAUCCAUAGCCGACAAUGCUGAGGAAGCUCUGGAGAAUGUCCAGGAAGGGGAGCGACAGUUGCGCACAGCGUUGACCUACAAAAAAGCCAUGUAUCCUGUAGUCGGUGCAUUGCUUGGCACCUGCGUCGGUGGCCCCAUUGGCAUGGUGGCGGGCAUCAAGGCUGGCGGCCUCGCAGCUGUGGGAUGUGGCAUCUUGGGCUUCACAGGUGGCUCGGUGCUCAAGAGCAACCCGAAUGUAAUGCAUGGCAGCGUGGAGGAGCAGCAGGCUCAGCAGGAGGAGGCUGGGAAUUCAACUGAAACCAUCGAACUUGCCGAGAAAUCGGAAUGACAAAUGUGGCAGGCAAAUGCGCGUCGCUUGGAGGCAGCUACCACUGGAGUGCUGUGCAGCGUGCGCAGCUAUUGUUCCAUUCAAUGAGAGAGAGGAAUUCCCACCCAAAUUGUGAUUAUUGUUUAAUCCAUGUGCAAUGCUACAAAACUAUUGUCAACAUCACCGUCUCGAAAACAGCUCUCUGCUUUAGUCUUUAGCACAUUUCAUGGCAGUUAUUCCUGUAGUUUGUUAUUACAAUUAGUUCUUAACCAUUUGUGUAUAAUUUUAAGGCUUUAAUGCGCAAUAAAAAGUACUAUAUUGCUAACAAGUCUAUGCUAGAUUUAUGCUUAACAACUAGUGAAGUAAAAGUUCUUUCUACAGCGGCACAUUAACCGUUGUCCAGGCCUGCUUGAAGUUCUUCUUUUGUGCGUGCUGCUUCUUGCGUAGACGCUUGGCAGUCUUCUUCUUCUUGAACCAUGCUGGGUAGUUACCAAAUUGAUCCUUGAGUGUUUUGGUAUUAAAAACGUGCUCAACGCCUGUAUUCUCAUUGACUUGCACAAUUCUCUUGCCUUUUUCGAGACUCUCUUGAUGCUCAAACAUCAAUUCACGCUCUUCCUUCGAUUUGGCAUCCUACAAAGUAGUAGUUGAGUAUAGAUUCUAUUAUAUAUUGGUUGUUAUAUAACUUACCCGUUUAAUGUCCUUGGCUGUCUUGAUUUCAGCCACUUCGGCAAUUUCCAUCUUGAUUUCCUUGCCAUCUGCAUCCAAGAGUCCCAGCGUCUUCUUGAGGCGUAUUAACUCCUUGGCAUCGUAGCGCUCCUUUUUGAUUUUGUUCAUUUCAUCGCGACGUUUGCGCGAGCGAUUUUGACGACCCAUUGUGCCUAUUCCUCGAGUAUUUUGUGUUUUGGCAAACUAUUUAUUAAA